AUGAAAGAGUAUAACCCGUCUUCCACUCUUCUUUCUUUUGAUUUGACUUCUUUCCGGGCGAAAACGGAUAAUUUGAUAGAAUCCCGUCAAUCUUUCGAAAGGGAAGUGCAUGGGAGUGGGAUGGAACUGGCGAUGCACCGAAUCUUUCAGAAGAGAGGACGUAGAAGGGCAGAUCUGGGGAAUCCGUAUGGAAUCCAAUCCAGUGAAGGAGGUCAAGAGAAGAGGGCUAGUGAUCAUCCUAUCUCUGAACCCUUCUAUUGUAUUGAAUCUACUCUGAUCUGGAUUCCAUUCUCGUCUUUGCAAGCGGAAGGACAGAUCUCGAAUUCUGAACUUGAUGAACUGCUUUCGCCCCCUUACCUGUGUAUCCCGGCUACCCUGCAUCAGGACUACCAGCACCGCCAGCUGCAGAAGGAAUUUGAGUAG